AUGAAUGGAAUUAAAGUCGAUAUCAAUCAUUUAAAGAAAGGUGAAGUUAACUUGGGUACUUCUAUUAUGGCCGUCAAUUUUAAAGAUGGUGUUAUAUUAGGAGCUGAUUCUCGUACAACGACAGGUUCAUAUAUUGCUAAUAGAGUUACUGAUAAAUUAACUCAAAUCCAUGAUACCAUAUAUUGUUGUAGAUCAGGUUCUGCAGCUGAUACUCAAGCAGUUGCUGAUAUGGUUAAAUAUCAUUUACAAAUUUAUAGUGCUCAAUUACCUCCUAAUGAAAAACCAACUACUCAAAUUGCUGCUAAUGUAUUUCAAGAAAUUUGUUAUAAUAAUAAAGAACAUUUAACUGCUGGUAUAAUUUGUGCUGGUUAUGAUGCUAAGAAUGGUGGUUCAGUUUAUUCAAUUCCAAUUGGUGGAUCCAUACAUAAACAAGAAUAUGCUAUAGCAGGUAGUGGUUCUACCUUCAUCUAUGGUUGGUGUAAUGAAAAUUAUAAACCACAAAUGGAAAAGGAUGAUUGUGUACAAUUUAUAAAGACUGCAUUAAGUGAAGCUAUUAAAUGGGAUGGUUCUUCUGGUGGGGUGAUUAGAAUGGUUAUAUUGACUAAGUCAGGUGUGGAAAGAUUGAUCUUCUAUCCUGAAGAAUAUCAAAAGUAA